AUGAGCUUACCAGAAUUUAAUACCUUCAAGGCCGCUGAUACUGAUUUCCAAACUGCAGUCCUCGAGACGUUGUUUGAGAAGAGCAACUCACUGAUAAAACUAACACUCGAGGAUGAACAAUUCAUGAACGCAGUAGGAAGUAGCUAUUCUGAGUUCAUAGAAAAGGUACGUGAGAGGCUGGUUCAGCUGUGCGAGAGCCAAGGCCAGCAAGAAUCCGAAGAAUCGCGCAGAAGCGAGUUGAGCGACAUCAUAGCUGCGCAUCCAAAGCUCGGGGAGCCUAAGAAAGGACUUUCAGUGCAUUCACAAAACGAGCAGCGAAACCUUGGAAAUGGCGAUACUUUGGAAGUUCAACAAGCUCUUAAGCACUUGAACGAAGUAUAUGAGCAGCAUUAUCCUGGGCUGCGAUUUGUGGUGUUCGUUAACGGGCGCUCUAGGCCAGAAAUAAUCCGUGUCAUGGAAGGGCGAAUCAAUUCUGGAAAUGCUUGGCUUGAGGAGGCUGGCCUGGCUUGCAACGAAAUGUGCGAUAUUGCCAAUGACCGGGUACUGAAAUAUGUACAGUAA